AUGUACAACGGAGUACCACGAGCAGUAGCCGAUCUUUGUGAGAAUGAUGAUCUUGCUACAAUGAUCACUGUCGAUAGUGUAUUUGGAUUUACAACACAUAAGAUGAAUAUUCGUUUUCGACCCAAUCGUCGUUUAACGCCGCAAUGGAAACUAGCCGUUGAACAGUUUCAAGAACAUACUGAUUAUCAACGAUGUUUCGAUGAAGUUACUUCAAUUGGAACAUGGUAUGAUCAAUUACUUGCACGAAAAAGUCCAACUCAGUUAACAGCAUUCAAAGAACAUAUGUAUCGUUUUCUUCAUUUGUUCAAUAAAAAUUCUGGUGUUACACUUGAACCAUGUUAUCGUUAUUCAACAGAGAAAUGUGGAGGAAAAGUAGUAGCAACGAAAGCAUGGGCAGUACAUGAUAAAAUUGAAAUGUUGAUUGGUUGUAUAGCUGAAUUAAGUCCUGACGAAGAACAAGCAUUUCUUAAACCUGGUGUAAAUGAUUUUUCUGUCAUGUAUUCUUGUCGUAAAAAGUGUUCACAGUUAUGGCUAGGGCCUGCUGCGUAUAUCAAUCAUGACUGUCGUGCAAAUUGUAAAUUUGUGGCCACAGGUUUAAGUUCGGCUUACAUUCAUGUGCUUCGUCCAAUUGAAAUUGGUGAUGAAAUUACUUGUUGUUAUGGUUCGGAUUUUUUCGGAGACAGCAACUCACUCUGUGAAUGUCGUAGCUGUGAAACACUUAGUAAUGGUGCAUUUGCUCAAACAAAUUCAUCAAUACCAAAAUUAUUAACAACUAGUGAUAUUACUACUACAGAAAUAGUAGCAUCAUCUAUUAAUAAUGAGAAAUUAAUCAAUAAAAAUAUAAUUGUUUCUACUCGUUUACGUCAAACUGAUAAACGUCUUCGUAAAAUUCAUUCAGCUAACAGUAUGAAUUCAAUGCAAGAACAAAAAAAAGCUACAGAAGUCGACAAAGUUACAGUACAUGAAAAACAAUCACUAGUAAUUUAUCGUAAUAAAAAUGGUCAAUUUUCUUCUCCAUCAGAGAGAAUAAGUUUAAAUAAUACGACAAUUACAAACACUUCAACAACGUCAACUUCUUCUCAUCAAGAUAUUCGAUAUAAAUCUCAUAAGAAAAAAAUAUCGAUUCGAAAGAAAAAAACAGAUAAUACUAUUACUACAUUUUCAUCUCAAUUGUCAUCAUCUUUUGGUCUAUUACCACUGAAUAGAAGAAUACCACGUCGACGACCAAGUAGUUCACAUUCAUCUUCAUCAAAGUCAUAUGUUGUUAUGACUCGAUAUCAACCAAAAAUCACAAUUACUUCUUCUGAUUCAGCAUUUUUUUCGGACGGUACAAACUCAAAUUCACAAUCAUCAACAGUACCAAUGAAACAAACUAGAAAAACAAUAUCUCAUUUACAAACAACAACAACAACGAUGCAUUCACCUUCAUCUCGUCUUCUUUCGCCAGCGUCAUCUACUUCAUCAUCAUCAUCAUCAUCAUCAUCAUCAUCUUCGAUAUCAUCUUCACCGCGAACAUAUCCUAGUGGUCGUAAACGAACUUCUUCUCAAUAUUCAUCAUCAUCUGCUUCGUUAACAACAACCGUGCAUUCAAAUAAUCCUAAUUUUCUUAUGUGGCGCCCAACUAUUCGUUCUAGUCGUCAUUCAAGUACUUCUUCUAUUAGUUCAUCAUCAACAACAGCUGAUAGUGAAAAACAUUACAUUAAUACAAAUACUAAUAAUGACAACAAUAAUAAUAAUAAUAAUAAUAAUAAUGAUACUAAUGAAAGUAAAAAUCAAAUAUCUCAACGCCCAGCUCUCCCAAAAUUAACGAUUCGCAUGAGACCCGAUCCUAUUUUAUUGAAUGAACUUGGCAAAAUGAAAUCGUCGAAGUCAUCUCUUGUUACCAUAAAAAUUGACAAUGGAAAACGAUCAUUAAAAGAAACAUCGACUAAUGCAACAGAAUCAUUACGUUCAAGUAAACGUCGAAAAAUAUAA